AUGUCGGCGGACGCGAGCAGCGCGGCUGCGGCGCGUGCGCCCGACGCGGCAGUGCUGGGCUGCCCGGUGCCUGGCGUGUGCCAGCGCGGGCCUUUCCGGCUGGAGCGUCUGCGGGUGAGCGUCUUGGAGGGGACGAAGGCGUACUCUGCGGAGGUCACCGCAGGUGCAGAGGCGUACUGGGAAGCGCAGCUCCAGCUGAAGCCCAAGCUCUUCGACGGGCCGGUGUGGUGCCUCGCAUCCUGGGAGCCGUGUCCACACGAAGCGGAUCCUGCACUGCAGCUCUCGCUGCAGCGUUCCAGCUACAAAUACAUCCUCUACACGCACAACUCCCCUGAGGGCCUCCAGCUGCAACCCUCGGCGCGCUCGGGCGCCGUUGGGAUAAUGGCACUGACAGAGACGUCCGACGGGCUGAUCGUGUUCGGUCAGCGCUCCUCAAAGCUGGGCGCGAUGCCGAACUAUUGGCACUGCGUACCAGCCGGGCAGUUGGACGAGCCUGACGCGCAGAAAGUCAUACAGAAAGAGCUGAAGGAGGAGCUGGAUUUAGGGUGGGACGUGGUGGAGGAGUCGCAGCUUCUUGGCAUCGUGAGCUGCGGAGAGGAGCAAGGCGACAAGUACGAGUUCGCCUGUCUGCUUCGACUCAGAGUGACAGCGGCUGAGCUGUACGAGCGAUAUACAUCGGCGGAGGAUCAGGCAGAGCAUCAAGCCCUGCUCUUCGUGGAGGCUCCUGGCGCUGCGAGUGCGGAGGCGCGUAGCCGGCGCGUCCUGGGAGAGCCAGACGUGCCUGUCGAGACGUUGGAGGCUUAUGUCAGCAGCUAUUUGGUGACAGAGGUCGCCCGAAGAGCCUUGCUGCUACUCUCGGAUAUGCGCACGGGCCAGUGA